CAGUUAUGCAGUGCCUCCUAGUUGAAAUCAGAAUGGGCGUUUCUUUUAUUUUGUGCAUUCAAUGGUACCGGUUUAGCGUGCUGUUAGGUAAUCCCCUGCGCUGAGCAUCAGUCCACAGUUGCUACUGCAGUAGAUGCCAGGGCAUUUUCCUUACCCCACACCGCUGAAAGGUCCAAUGUCUUAUGCAAACCUUAUUCCGGCCUUUUCCAAGGCAGUUUCCAGCAUCUCCCUGAGCAGGGCAGCUUCGGUUUCGUCCUCCCUUAGGAGUCGGUCCACGGUCGCAGCUCCGCAAAGCGAACCGAAACCCGACGGCGACAACGGCGCAGACCCGACCCGGGGCGUGAUCAAGCGGAAGGCAGCGCAGGUCGACCACAUCCUUCAGACCGAAGAUGCCCGGCCGGAGCCCCAUCCCGAGACAGUGAUCGACUUCGAAAAUACCAAGGAAGCUUACAAAAGCAAGGAUAGCCUGGAGCUGCUCAGGAGUUUGCUAGUUUUUAAAGUGUGCACCUAUGACGUCGUUGUUGACAGGAACAAGGAGCUUACCAGUCUGAGCAGGAAGUUACUGGGGAAGACUCUCUUCGAGAAGCUGAUGAAGAUGACCUUUUAUGGGCAGUUUGUGGCCGGAGAAGAUCAGGAGAGCAUUAAGCCGCUCAUCAGGAGGAAUCGGGCAUUUGGAGUGGGAUCUGUUCUGGAUUACAGCGUGGAGGAAGACCUCACACAGGAGGAAGCUGAGAAAAAGGAAAUGGAUUCGUGUUUGUCUGAAGCUGAAAAAGAAAGCCGUGGAGUGGACCACCGAGAGAAGAAGUAUAAAGCUCAUCGGCAGUUUGGAGACCGCCGUGGAGGAGUGAUCAGUGCCCGCACCUACUUCUAUGCUGAUGAGGUCAAGUGUGACCAGCACAUGGAGACUUUUUUGAAGUGUAUCGGGGCCUCAGGAGGGAGUUCAGAAGACGGUUUUUCUGCGAUUAAGAUGACUGCUUUGGGAAGGCCACAGUUCCUGCUUCAGUUCUCAGAGGUGUUGGUAAAAUGGAGGAGAUUCUUCCAUAUUCUUGCUGCUGAGCAAGGAAAGGCUGGCCUUUCAGCUUUAGAUGUCAAACUGGAGCUGGAGCAGUUGCAGGAAACGUUGACUAAGCUGGGUGUGGUUUCCAAAGAAAACACGGAGAACUGGUUCACUGGAGAGAACUUGGGUUUGUCUGGGACCAUAGAUCUGUUGGACUGGAACAACUUGAUUGAUGACAGGACAAAGAUCUCCAAGCUCCUUGUUGUCCCAAACCUUGAGACUGGGCAACUUGAGCCCCUGCUAAACAAAUUCACUGAGGAGGAAGAGAAGCAAAUGAAACGAAUGUUGCAGAGAAUGGAUGUCCUGGCCAAGCAUGCCAUAAAACACGGAGUGAGAUUGAUGGUGGAUGCAGAACAGACUUACUUUCAGCCAGCAAUCAGCAGACUUACUCUGGAAAUGCAGCGGAUUUUCAACACUGAGAAGCCCAUAAUCUUCAACACAUACCAGUGCUACCUCAAGGAAGCCUAUGAUAACGUUUCACUGGAUGUUGAGCUUUCACGACGGGAAGGCUGGUACUUUGGUGCCAAGCUUGUUCGUGGGGCCUAUAUGCAGCAAGAGAGGACCAGAGCAGCAGAGAUUGGCUACGAGGACCCUAUUAACCCUACAUAUGAAGCCACUAAUGACAUGUAUCACAGGUGUCUUGACUAUGUUUUGGAGGAGAUUAAGCACCACAGGAAGGCCAAUAUAAUGGUGGCUUCUCACAACGAGAAGACAGUCAAGUUCACUCUGCAGAGGAUGAAUGAACUGGGGAUCCAUCCAUCAGAAAACAAAGUUUAUUUUGGCCAGCUGCUGGGAAUGUGCGAUCAAAUCAGCUUUCCCCUUGGCCAGGCUGGUUAUCCAGUGUAUAAGUAUGUGCCGUAUGGUCCAGUGCAUGAAGUGAUACCCUACCUGUCCAGGCGGGCCCAGGAAAACAGGGGUAUUAUGCAGGGUGCGCAGCAAGAGCGCCUCCUACUGUGGAAGGAACUGAAGCGGAGAUUCCUCAACGGCGAGAUCUUUUACACUCCAGUUUACUAAAGGACACAGGAUGGAGAAAGACUGCACCACUAAGCAUUAUUCUCUGUGUAAAAUCUCUGCAGGAGUUAUGGGCAUGUGUAUGAAACUGGGCCUGGCAUAUUUUAAACCCUGGAAUGUCCACAUAUCUCCAUGUCUAAUGUGAUUUUUCCCUCCUCCACUAUGGGUGAAGCUAACUUCUCACAAAACCAAUAGUAUUUUAUUAUAUAUGAGUAAGAUUAUAAACAGAGAUUUUAGUGGAAUCAUAAUCAUCAAAAUAAAUUGUUAAACUUAUAGCAGUUUUGUUUUUAUAUUAUAUAAGCAUCAGCUAAGAGACAUAUGAUAGUUUUAUUUAAGGAUAUUUUUAAUAUGUAUUCAGGCUCCUAUAGCACAUUUAUGUACACAUUUUAAAUUACAGUGAUAUAGUGGUUCCUAUCAUGCUAGAAGAAAAACAAAGUACUGCAUUUUGAAUGGGCAGGGUUGCCAAGUCCCAUAUGAAACAAAGUUCUUUUUUUUUCAUUCCUGGGGGAAUGGAAAAUGUCAUAACCUGGCUCUAGAGAAUUAGAUGGAACAUGCACAUUUGAUAAGGCAUUUGCAAUCAAAUUGUAGAAAGUGUUUGGAUUUAGUAAAAGGGUUUAAUCUGUGAAACACAAUUGUGAACCCCAUUUUAAAUUAAUUAUUAUUAUACAUUUUCCAAGUGCUUUCUUGCCUCCAUGAGACUCUUUCUUUUUUAACCACUGAUUAAAUCUUGACUGUUUGGAUUUUGGGGAUUAUUGUUCACUGCUAUUCUCGAAAGUUGUCCUGAAGUACAUUCAGAAAUUUCUUGAUUUUUCUAAGUGGUGUUUAAUUAUUUUAUUGUACAUUGUAUGCCUUUUUUUGGUCAGACUUUAAGUUAUAUUCAUUGUUAGUAACCUUUUCUAUGUUUCCUGUGGUAAAAUGGAGGCUUUCUGUAGUAAAUAUGGAUGGUAUUUGGGGGUUUAAGAAUGUGUGUACUCUGCUUUCCUUUGAUUUUGAAGGUUUGCAGUUUAUUAUACCUCAGUCAAGAUUUCACUGUAGUUUCAGUGUAAUUUACUUAGCCUUUUCUCAUCAUAGUAGACUUUCACAAAGGUUAGGCUCAUAACUACUGUACAGUGUGUUAAAAGCUGUAUUUUUUCCUCAAUAGCCAUUUACAUUGGUGGCACUUGAACACCGAGGGAAGUUAUCUCUCUGAGAACCUUAAAAUUUACUCUUUUUUUUCAAAAUUUAUAUUCUAAUAGAUAUCUUGAAAGGACUUUCAGCUCCUACUUGAGUUCUUGCUGUUAAAUAACAAACCUGUCAGAAUCAGAGUGGUAAGGCGGGCGUUGUUUGCAAAGUGAAUGGCAUUUAUAUAAUACAGUUUAGAGCUGUGAAUUAGCAUAAUAAUUAAUACCCCAAUGCAAUCUAAUGGAACACCAGGUUGCACAUUGUUUAAAUACACAGUGUAUUCUGUAGUUCAUAAUGGAACUCUCUUAAUUCUGCUAGUCAUGCUGUCUCAGUCAGUGCCCAUUUGAAUUUUGGAACAGGAGCCCAAUAAGCACCAGCUUUCUGGUUCAUUUUCUUAAGAUACGACCUAAUUUGUUUGCCUUGCAUCUGCUGCAAAUGAUAUUGUAAUGUAACUGUGCUUGUCUGUGGAGCAAUGAAAAUGUAAGUGCCUUUAAUUCAAUGAGAUGGUUAACAUAAUAUGAUGUUCACACUUCCCAUAAUGCCAUAAUGUGAGGCCAGUUAAUUUAAUUUCCUGCAAAGGUGACUUGACUUUCACACUUGGUCUUUAUUGAAAAGUGCAUUUGUAUGGUGAGUUUAUCAAAAGACUGUCUCUCCCUUCUGCCUAAUACCAAAUAUUUUGUUAUUGUAUUAUAUUUUUUCACCUGUCCUCUUCUAUGGAAUCUUUUUUUAUAAAUGCACAAGGUUAUGCUGCUUUACAAUUAAAUACUGUUAAGAGUUACAGUGUUAGGUGUAAGAAUACUGUUGUGCCUUAAUAUUUGCUUGAAUCUUUCUGAAAAUAAGAGUGCUGUUCUUCACCAUUCAGGGAAAUUUAUUUUUCAAUAGAGGCAUGUUGUCAACAUGAAAUCAUAGAUACACUGUGAACUCUGAACACAUCACUGAUCGUAGAAUUUUACAGGAAAAAAAAGUCUUAUCCAAAAUCAAAGGCAAUUAAUAUUAAUUUGGCUAAAACAGGAUUUCCCAAACCCAGGUUCUUCUGGCUAGGCUUUAGGUUACUUUAUUGGACAUUUAACAAUGUGAGACAUUGACAUCUUUAGAAACUCAGGUGAAACUUUCAAGGAACACGUUAGAAUUUAUAAAUAACUAGAAAGUGGUAACUUUUUUGAGGCGCUGAAGAGCAAUUAAUAGGUGUUACCACACUUAAGAUUGUGUACGAGGUACUUUAAGUAACUGAGAGCUAGAAUGAAAAUUGUGAAUAAUCAGUUUCCCAAGAAAAAGAUCUAUCAAAGCCCUGAAUGAAAAAAGAAGGGAUGUGCAUUAAAUCAAAUCUUUAGCCCGUCUGCCCAUCACAAAUUGAAACCCAACAUGGCAUCAUAGUGUUUCAUUGUUCAGAUGUGGGAAAUCUCCAGCAGAUGGUAUGUUUCUGUCUAGUGACCCACUACAAUGUGUUUUAAACACGCAAUCUGGAAAUGUGGUUUGAUCCAAGCUUUGGUUAUGUGUGAAUGCAUUGUCAUGUUAUGGUUCAACUCUCAGGAUGUUGUGUUUGUUGGAAAUGGUAUUGGUUAUACAGUUUAUUGACAAAUAAAGACAUUAUAAAAAUGAUUGUUUAGCAGUAUGUAACAUGAUAGUUCAAAGUUGAAUUGGAACAGUAAUGUCUUCUUUCUUUUUGAAUAGGCCUUUUCAAUUUCUAAAAGUACUAAAAAGCAAAUUCCUGACUGUAUUGCAUUGUAUCAGUUGUGUAGAAAGGUUGCUUUUCUUCUAAAGUGUUUUCCAGAUUACCAUAAAUCUGAAAAACUGGUUACACACAACAAAAUGGUUAAAGGCGGCCAAUGGAUCUGUACAGCGAGCUGAAUUAAUAGUGCAAUGUUUGAAAUCAUAGUAUUGAAACAAAGUUUGUACCCAAUGCAAAUAAAAGUUAAACAAAUA